GGGAAGCAAGUCUCUAUAACAUGUCUGCAAGGAGAGUGGACAAUGGCAUAAUCACGGCGAUUGCCAUUGAUAAGGACAAGAACAGCCAACAUGCCUUGAAGUGGGCUGUUGAGAAUAUCAUUGUCGAUUCUCCACACUGUGUCCUUCUCCACGUUCAACAAGGAAACGCAGGAGCACAUUUACAGCAUGACAAUCAGGACGAUGAACACCAAUUCUUUCUUCCUUUUAGAGGAUUUUGUGCUCGAAAAGGAAUUAUAGCCAAGGAGGUUAUUCUUCGGAAUACUGACAUUUCCAAUGCUAUUGUCACCUACAUCACCAACAACUCAGUAUCAAACAUCGUUGUUGGUGCAUCUGCGCACAAUUCCUUUUUCAAAAAGUUUAAGAGUCCAGAUGUGUCCACCACUUUGCUUAAAACGGCUCCAGAGACUUGUGCAGUCUUUGUUGUGUCAAAAGGUAAACUUUUGAAGAGCAAAUCCGCGAGUCAGCCUCAGAAACAUACAAGGCAACAAGAUCUCUCUUCUUUGCUGUACAAUUACGAACACACGAGCUCUGUUAACUCCAGUGAUUCCGAGAGGGAAUCAUCUGUAUCUACCAAACACAACAAACCCAAGUCAGCUUUAUCCCAAUCGAAUUCACCUCGCAUCUCUCCACCACCAUCUCUGAGUGAGAUUUCUCAGUCAGAGACUGACAAUGGCAGUUAUGGUGUGGUAUCAACUGCGAGUUCUUACACCAUCUCUGAAAGUUCCAAUACCAACGGAAGCUCCAUUUCUUCGACAUCAACGGAAAGUCCACAUGCGGUAAAUUUCGUGGAACAACAGAAUCAAAAUCUUGAAGCAGAGGUGAGAAGAUUGAGACUUGAACUGAAGCAGUUUAAUCCCUCAAAGGGAAAAGACACUACCAACCAAAAUGAAAGCGUAAGAAUUUUGAUGAUAUUGUUGUUUCCUUUAUUAGACGAGGCAAUAGAGCUGCCUAGAGCAUUGUCUGAGGAGAAAAAUAAAAGGCAUUCUGCAAUCCAAGCAGCUGAAAUAGCAAAGCGCUUGGCGAAAAUGGAGAGCCAAAAGAGAAGAUUACUAGAGAUGCAAGCCAAGUUAGAGAAACAAAGGAUGGCCAAUAAGGUCUCUUAUAGACGUUACAGUAUCAAAGAUGUUGAAAGUGCAACCAAUGGUUUUUCAGACGCUCUAAAGAUUGGGGAAGGAGGUUAUGGACCUGUUUACAAAGCUGUCCUAGAUUACACUUCUGUCGCCAUUAAAAUCUUGAAGUCAGGUAUCACACAGGGCCUGAAACAAUUCCAACAAGAGAUUGAGGUUCUGAGUAGCAUGAGACAUCCUAACAUGGUGAUCCUUCUCGGUGCAUGUCCGGAGUAUGGUUGUCUUGUUUAUGAGUACAUGGAAAAUGGAACACUUGAAGAUCGACUCUUCUGCAAAAACAACACACCCCCACUUUCUUGGAGAGCAAGGUUCAGAAUCGCUUCUGAGAUUGCCACAGGACUUCUUUUCCUUCACCAUGCAAAACCUGAGCCUUUAGUACAUCGUGAUCUGAAGCCAGCAAACAUUCUGCUCGACAGAUAUUUCACUAGCAAAAUCAGUGAUGUUGGUCUAGCUCGCCUAGUACCUCCCUCUGUAGCUGAUACCUUCAGUAACUAUCACAUGACUUCUGCAGCCGGUACAUUUUGUUACAUAGACCCUGAGUAUCAGCAAACCGGAUUGCUUGGAGUGAAAUCUGACCUGUACUCUUUUGGUGUGGUGCUUCUGCAAAUCAUAACAGCUAUGCCAGCAAUGGGGUUAGGCCACAAAGUAGAGAUGGCGAUUGAAAAUAAUAACCUUAGAGAAAUUUUGGAUCCAACAGUAUCAGAUUGGCCUGAAGAAGAGACUCUGGAGUUGGCUAAAUUGGCUUUGCAGUGCUGUGAGCUGAGGAAAAAGGAUAGACCUGAUCUUGCUUCAGUUCUGUUACCGGCUCUGAAUAGGUUAAAAGAGUUUGCAACAGAGGAUAAUGAAAGUAUUCAGGACACAACAUCUCCUGUGUCACACACUCAUAAUUCAGCCCCACUUGCCCCGAGUCCGUCCUCUGAGGUUAAAGAUCAAAUGAGAAAAUCCUAUUGA